UGGGGAAAGCAAGUUCCACUCAGGGACCAUUAGAUGUUUCACAAAUAAAUGAUGAAAACUCACAGAUGGUUGGCAAAGGCAUGGGAGAAUCACUGACAAAAGUCAAAGUCUCAGGAACUGAUCCAGAUGGUGAUUCAGCUGGCAACACGGCAUCCAUCACACUUGCUGAAUUAAGUGAAAGGUAUUUGGAUAAAGGCCACAAUCCUCGUGAUUCUGACAACUUUUGCCAUUAUGAAUGGUGGUCCUGUACAGAGAAUCAGAUUUCUCUCGGAAAUCGUGAUGAUAAACUAAGUGUUUUCACAAAGCACAUGGUGAAUGGACUGAGAAGUGGUCACAAAUGCGGUCUUCAGGACACCACUGACCAAUGCAUGUUGUGUAAAAGAUUGCAAAAAGAAGCACUAGCGAAGGGAUACAUUUCACCUGAAAUCCUGAAUAGCUAUGUGUUUGAACAUGUCAAGAAAGAAUUGGCUAAUUACAGAAUCCAACAACCAAUGAACACGCGUAGUGAGAAACGUCCUAUGAAGAUAGCAUAUUACAACAAGAGGCACUUGUGUCAGGAAGUAGUGGUUUUUACCCCCAAAGAAACACUGGUCAUAAAACUGACAGAUCAAGUAGAAGCAAAGCUGUCAGACAUUAAAGAUUAUAUAGCUGGAGAAGUGAAAGAAAAAGGGCUUUUUCCCUCAAGUGUAACAGGAGAUCAGCUCUGUUUGAUGGAAGAAGCACUUCAUAAAGAGAUUGAUGAUGAUAAGGAACUUCAGCAGUCUUUGGACCGGAACUUUCCCUUGCACUGUUGCCUGAGAACAGCACAAACCUACUUCAAACUUCUGUCAGGGCCCAUAGUGCUUCUGCCCAUUGACAGGGAAAAGCUGAUGGAAUUGUUGGAUCACCUAGUAAUAGAAACUACAGGAAAAGAAGGCUUACUUUUCAAGGCUGUGAAAGUAAUGAACAGACACUACACCAUUACGUUUUGUGCAGAAAAAUAUGAGGGAAAUCCAAUUAAGAUUCCGUCACAGUACCAGCAAGAUGAAGUCGUCAAAGAAUAUAUUGGCACCAUCAACUACGCCAUUAACAGUAUCCAUGACUUGGACCAGGACGAGAUGAGGGUAGUGAAAUCUGGGGUCACAUUUCAUGUUAAAAUAGUCAUGGACAAAUGUGGUAAUACACCUGAAGAAUUGGACUGGGCAGAGAUUGUAAUGGUCUACUGUAGCUACCUUUAGAGACACGUGCUAGUACUUGACUGAGUUUUUUGCAGGGAUUAAAAUAUACAAAAGUGUAUAUAGCAAAAAGAACAAACAUUUUUACCAAUCUUACAGAAAAACAUAGUAG